ACCUUAGUCAACUCAAAUCAAUCAUGUCUUCUCCAAUACCCUCCAUUUUCUGUCAAAGUUUAAAUCCUCACUAUAACUAACACCCUCCAUAAACUUUAAUACUAUUCACAAACUUUAGUCCCAGCACCAUGUCCUACCAGUGGAUUGGGAAACUACAUUGCAGCAAGGCGGAUUAUUGUGGUACGAAUAGCCCAAACAAUGUAAGUACACUAAUCCCAUACCACGAUUCAGUCCCAACAGUGCCACCUCACCUAACAGCACCACAUACUUGACAAACUUUAAAAGAGGUUGUCUAAAACUAUUUUAAAUUACACGAAAAUAGAGGACUUCUUUGUUGGGCCUGCAGAUAAAAGCACUACUUGAUUAUGUCAGUUUGAGAGUUUGAGUUUGAGAGUGCUCUGAAUAUAGAAUUGUGCUAGACAUCAAAGGCAUAAAACCAAAAAUAUAGCUAAUGUUCUAUGGAAACCUAAAUUAUCCACUUUGCUGGAUCUUUAGUAUUAUAGUGAUGUUUGAAAACACUUUUGUAGCUUUUUAUAAUUGUUUCGUGUAAAUAACUCAAUAUUAUUUAAAAUAGUUAUGCUUUUCCACCUAGAUACAUAAAAAACUAUUUUUUAUCCUUGCGCCUAGUGUGUCAUAAAACUCUUUAUUUUUAUAUAAAUCCCCCUAAUACAAAAUUUCAUCUGGUUUCUACGAAACUGUGUCAGUGUCAAAACCGGCGCGUCCACCAAAAUUUAUUUCACGUCGUAAAAAUUUUUACUACAGCUAGUUUAUGAAAAAAUAUUACGUUUACCAUACUGUAUAUACAUAUGUGCGUUCGCACACCAAAAUAUGUACUAUAGUUCUAGUGUCGAUAGCGACGUCGUAAUUUACGAGUGCGUAAAUUACACCCACUGUCCGCUACGAUAGUGCAAACAACUGAAUAAAUCAUAAUUUCAAAUGAUUUGCACCGAGUGAUUUGGAAAACACCGACGGCAACCCUGGUUCGGCUUGCCCUAAACACUAAUUGACGACUGCACUUUAUUACUCGCGAUAAUAGAAACACGGAUUUCGAACAUCCUCUCGGACCGUAUGUCGAAAGGAUCAUAUAUUCACACCGAUCUGAGUUGAUUUACAUCAUAAAGAUAAACAAAUACGUCGUAGUCCAUCACAUUCAAAUUGGAACAAAAAAGAAAAUUUAAAUAAAAUACGUUUUAACCACAAAUAAAAAUUAGUUGUCACAUUUGAAGUCUACGUUAUUCAUGUAACAAGAAUUCUUAUAUUAUGUCUACACGAGAAAAGAAGAAUUUGAAAUAUUUCCACAAAACAGAAACUAUUUAUUAUUUAUAGAUAAAACAACCCUUGUUGCUGAAUGUACAUUUUAUGUCAACAAGUUCAUUUUCACUGAUUCGAUACACCGUUUUAGUAAUUAUUGCCAUAAUUUACGGGAUCUACCGAUCGAGCAAUGCGAAUUACACAUACGACACGAAGUACAUUACAGUUCCGGUGGACCAUUUCAGCUUUGCAUUUAAUCAUACGUUUCGAUUGAGAUUUCUUAUUAACGAAUUACACUGGAAACCUGGAGGACCUAUAUUCUUUUACACCGGAAACGAAGGGAACAUAGAAGAAUUCGCUCAAAAUGUUGGACUUAUGUGGGAAAUGGCACCUGAAUUCAAUGCAGUUAUAGUUUUUGCAGAACAUAGAUAUUAUGGAAAAUCAUUACCUUUUGGUAAAAAAUCGCAUACAAAUCACAAUUUUGGUUACUUAACCACAUCGCAAGCGUUGGCAGACUUUGUGAAUUUGUUGGCAGAUUUAAAAGAGAAAUGCAAAACUAAAAACCACAACAAACCGUGUAAAGCGAUAGCUUUUGGUGGUUCUUACGGAGGAAUGUUGGCAGCCUGGAUUCGAUUAAAAUACCCUGCUUCAGUGGAUGGUGCCAUCGCGGCUUCCGCACCCAUUUAUCAGUUUAACGGCCUCACCGAAUGCAAUCGGUUCAACGAUAUAUUAGUGAAAGCCUUUAGGAUCUCCGCCGGCGAAACCUGCAUGCGAAAUAUCAAGAGAACGUGGAACGUUAUUCGAAAUUACACCUCCUCAUCUAGAGGUCAAACCAUAUUGAAAUUAAAACUUCACCUCUGCAAACUGGUUAAGAAUAAAGAAGACUUGGCGCAAUUGUUAUAUUGGUUAAAUGAAAUGUUCGCCAAUUUGACCAUGUUAAAUUACCCGUAUCCUUGUAAUGGUUUACCUGAGAAUCCAGUUAAAACAUUUUGUGAAUCUACAAAUUUAACUGAUCCUAAUCUUACCGAUAAAAAAUUAUUAAAUGCUUAUGGAACUGCUAUUCGAAUAUAUGCCAAUUCUACUUCAGAAACACAUUGUAUAGAUAUUCAUGAUAUUAUGAAUAAUCCUAAUGAUAGAGCUUGGUAUUAUCAGAGUUGUACAGAGCUUGUAAUGCCAAUGUGCAUUAAAGAUAACGAAAUGUUUGAGAAAUCAUCUUGGAAUUUCACCAACUUCUCGGAAUAUUGUUACAAACAUUACGGAUUUAAAACAUAUCGCCAAGAUCUCCCUAUAUUAGAAUACGGAGGCAAAGAUGCCGAAUACAACAAUGUUGUUUUCACCAAUGGUAUGUUAGAUCCGUGGCACGGUGGAGGAGUAUUAUAUUCGUCGCAAUACUCGCAUGCUCUUAUAAUGACAGAUACAGCACAUCAUCUUGAUUUCAGAGCUCAACAUCCUAACGAUCCAAAAUCCGUUCGUAUGGUUAGAGAAAGAAUUAGAGAUUAUGUACGAUCUUGGAUAAAAAUAUAAAAAGUUUUU